AUGGAAUUCUCGGACAUAUUUCCCGAGAAAUUACCUGGAGUCCCUCCGAAUAGAGAGGUAGAGUUUGGAAUUGAACUACUACCAGGUACUACUUCUAUGUUCAUUGUACCCUACCGCAUGGCACCGAAAGAGCUGACUGAGUUGAAAGUGCAGCUUCAGGAACUUUUUGGAUGUGUGUUUAUGAAAGACAGUAAGAUGGUCACUUACGCUUUGCAGCAGCUUAAGACACAUGAAGGUAACUACCCUUUGUACGAUCUUGAGCUGGCUGCAGUUCACAGAUGGGUUAAAUUACUUAAAGAUUAUGAUUGCACGAUAGGGUACCAUCCGAGUAAGGCUAAUGUAGUAGCUGAUGCCCUUAGUCGUAUAACAAUGACUGAUCUGAGAGCAAUGUUAGCUCGUCUGAGUUUGGUUGAGGAUGGGGGGUUGUUAGCAGAAUUACAGGUUAAACCGAUUUGGAUGGAGCAAAUUCAAGCUAAACAGUUGAACGAUGAGUCCUUAGUUCAACGAUUGCAAUAUGUUGGUUUGAACAAAACAUUCAAUUUUAGCUUGAAUAGCGACAAUGUGUUGUGCUUAAAAGGUCAGAUUUGUGUACCUAAUGAUAAAGAGUUGAGGCACUCGAUUCUGCAAGAGGUGCAGAGUAGUCCCUAUGCUAUGCAUACUAGUGGGAACAAAAUGUAUCGGGACCUCUGA